CGAGAUACGCAGGCACUCAGCUCUCAGCCUGGUGCAGAUGCACAUGUUCAGUGUGUGUGUGUGUGUGUGUGUGUGUGUGUGUGUGUGUGUGUGUGUGUGUGUGUGUGUGUGUGUGUCAUAAACUGAUCGGAGCUGAAGUGUCUCCGAGCGCAACUGCUCGCCAGCCAGAUAAAACUCCGAGUGGGUUCGACCUCCGUAAAAAUCGACUUUCGGGAAAUAAUUCAUCCAUGAAGCGGAUCUGAGACAUCACACACGUCACAUGUGAGCAGAGUGAGAGAGGUGAGUCUGCUCCUCGUCUCCCAGCAGCGACUGAACGCUCAGAUUGUGACCCAGUACCUGAGCCCCCCUGCCUCCCAGCACCUGCCUAACUUUGCCCUUCCAGGUUUGUCCGCCUGUCAGCCUGACGGCAGCAGCAGCACUGAGGCAUCAUGUCUGCACUUCUACUCAAGAAGUUCAGAUGGUUGAGGUAUAUCUGUCCUGUCGUCAUCAUCGUGACUCUUAUCCUGCUGCUGUGGACCCUCAGGUCUAGGCCUUACCAGACCUUCCGGAUCCCGGCUCACAGCAAUCAGCCUCGGAAUCCAGUGCGUCCACCAAAACCUGUACGCUGUGGUCCAGCACAAACAGGAUCGCAAGUUCCUCUUGUGGCAGUCAAGGAGACGAAAACAAUUCUGGUAUCAGCGUUUCAGGAGCACCGCACAGAAAAGAAGAUGGUUCGAGUCAUUGCAGUGGUGCUGAGGAGCGAGACGGUAGCGUACCGUUGUGUUUUCUGUUGUAUGGGGCAACAGCACAUCUCUGAAGGGUUCAGAAAUGUCCAUGGUGAUCACUUCGGCUUUGCAUAUGGGACUGCAGACAUCAUGUGUCCUCUUCCCUCCAGCUGUGACAGCCCAUCUCAUGUUACUGUGACCUCUGCAGCUGACUCUCAAGAAAAACUUGACAAAGUGUAUUUGGAGGUGAAGAACAAGAAGACAGAAAGUGAGUCCUUUCAUUACAGCUUCACUGUCUGCAUCUCCACCAUGUUUGACUUCAACAACAUGCUGCAGCUGGUCCAGAGUUUUGAGACACUGCAGUUACUGGGCGUGGACAGAGUCGUCGUCUAUAAGACCAGUAGCAGUCCUGAGACACAGCGCAUACUGGACUACUACACACAGAAAGGUUUGGUGGAGGUGAUUCCUUGGACUCUGUCCAGAUUUCUGAAUAUGUCUCGCAGCUGGCUGCCUGAACAUGGUCCAGGUGAAAUCCAUUACUUCGGCCAGAUUCCUGUUCUCCAUGACUGUCUUUACAGAUAUAUGUAUCAGUCCAGAUACGUGGCCCUGCAUGAUAUUGACGAGCUCAUUCUGCCCCAGUCAGUCGACAGUUGGUCGGAGCUGUUGCCUCUGCUGGAAAAUAAAUAUGACCGCCCGUGCUUCAUGUUCGAGAACAACGUGUUCCCCAACACCGUCAAAGUGACUCAUCUCAACUCCGACUGGCAGAAGGUGCCUGGGGUGAACAUCCUGACUCACCUGUACCAAGAGCCAGUGAGCAGUGACUACAGCAACUUCAAGACCAUCGUCAACCCUCGAGCCGUGUUUUCCCUGACCGUCCACGGGCUGCUGGACCCAGACACAUUACAAGUCUGCUCCUGGGUGGAAAGAAAUAUAGCACGGAUGUACCACACGAGACAUCCAAGACAACCCGAGCUGACUCAGAAGGAGCUGAUUUAUGACGACCGACUGCUGAAAUACGGCGCCCGCUUCACACAGAGUGUCAAUACCGUGCUCAGCGAAUGUGGACUCCUACAAAAGGACGGCGUACAGUAGCAUCUAUUCAUGUGUGUUAGUUCAAAAUUUCUCUACUCGUGCACAUCUUCAGAUAGCUGAGAGUCCAAUGAGAGCGAUUUCUCUCACUGCCCCUGCUUCUACAAGCUCAACUGGCCAAAAGGCUGCCGACAAGGGCAGACUGGUGCCAACAGUGCAGGACACACGCAGUAACCAGGGUCCCAGACGCUCAGGUAUAAUAUUUGCCAUGUGUACCAUCUCAGUGGAGAGGGGGGCUCGCUGCAGUCUUAACAUGACAUUUCUAAUCAGCAACAAUCAACAAUAUCUUGUUCCUCUGUGCUGCAGAGCUGCACCGCUGUCUGAAAAAUGAUUGAAAACACAUCAAAAAGAAUAUGUUCUUAAAUUAGUAAGUAGUAAAGUUCUUAUUUUAUCACAAACCACAUUGUUUUUCUAAACCCAACCAAAGAGCUUUGUUGCUGAUACGCUGCAACAGUCACAUUGUUUUGAGUCAUUUUGGAAGUGACUAGAAAUCCAGUUGUUUAGGACUGAGGAUGUGUUACCCGUCUCACAACAUACACAGGGUGUGUUCUGUGUGGAUGGUCAUUGUGUGAGCUAGCUAACCACCUCAGUCAUCCAACAUGCAAACCAGCAGGUCAACUUCCAAGCUAAUGGUAGGUAGCAGUGUUUAGCUAUAAAGCAGACAACAGAGCUUUGUGACACUGUCAACACGUACGGCUACGUGAGAAUAUGUGGUCAGCUGACUUCAUGUAAACUUCACUUGGGCACUGAAGAUCUUCACUCUCCUGUGAAGUGCUGCCUUCUGUCGGAGCAUCAAGUUUUAUGUUUCAUGUUAAUAUCAUGUGAAUGUUUUUGUGUUUUUGUCAUAUUUGUUUCAUACUGUAUGAAUAACUUUCUUUGGUGGUUGAUUUAUACAAAUCUUUGACAUAAUAUAAAAGGUGGCUACAGUUCUGUAAAUGAAUUACUGCAGUUAUCUCGGGGAGUCGAUCUUCAUAUGUUUAUAAAUAAUUCAGAACUUCUGUAUUUCCAAGAUAGAAACAGCUUCAAUUGCACAACAGAUGACAGAAUAUUUUGAAUCUAUGGCAGCACUGUUUAAAAACUUGAGCAACAAUACCAUUAAAUUGCAUCAACUUAUCAAAAAUACUUGAAUUAACUCUAGAUGACCAUCUAUUCAUUAAAAGGAUAUUCCGGUGUAAAUUUAAUCCAUGUUCUAACAUGGAACAGCACCAAACUUCAGCAACAUUAGAAACAGGGUGCUGUUCUGAGCAUCAUUUGUGGGUUUUUGAUGGCGAUUUAUACUUGUGUUUUCCGCAAACUUUAUCUCUCGAGGGAGGGUCCUACUCGGUGUCAAGGUGUGUUGGAACAUGGAUUAAACUUACACCAGAAUAUCCCUUUAAGUUAUUUUGUACUGGCAUUGUCUUUCUGAAGUGAAUCCUGCUGUAUUUAAAAAAAGUACUUUUUCAAUAAAUGAAUUUGCACAAUUUUA